AUUAUUCCUUUCAAAAGGUCAUUAUUAAGUCCUAUUUAGGGAAUAAAAAAAUUUAAGUCCUACAUUAGGAAAGUCAUUAUGUUUUAAUCAUAUUUAGUGCAAAUUUCACUUUAUUUUUCCAAAGAAAAAAACAUCUUUCCAAACAAAACUAGGAACCAACGAACCGUGGGUCAAAUUUCGGGUAGAUCUCUACCGGUUUCAGCUGACCCGAAUUUUCCCCCCAAAUUGUUUUCCGAUCUAGUUAAAAUGGAAGAUUUCGAGAAAUUUGAAGGCGCAGACGGUGUUAAUCCGCCCAGAGAUGGCGUUUCCAGUGAGAAAUCGGGUGCGGAGAAGAUGGAAGCUGCAAUCAUGGAAGAACUCUUCAAAUUGAGGGGACUCCCACAGUACAGCUCGUACGUGAUUCAUCGAUUCCGGGUUUUGAACAAAAUCCUGCAGCUUUUGUCCAUUCAGCGAACCAAAACCCAAGAUGAGGAGUUGGAAUCACUGUUUGCUGGGCUUUCUAUUGGCUGAUCUGAAGAGGAAGAAGAAGAAGAAAAAAAACGUAUUGUUUGUGAUUGCUCUCCAUGUACUUUUGUUCCUCUUUCAAUAGUGAGUAAUUAGUCUCUAUCCAGGGUGACUUAAGAAGUGUAAAAUAUGCUCUAGAAUGCUUUUCAUAUUACCAAAGCUCGGAGUAAUUAUUUUCUGCAUCUGAUUUAGUAUUUUUCUUAGAGCAUGUUCUUUAGGAUUGGAAAAAAAGAACUCGGUGUUGGAAGAAACUUGAAAAAACUAAAAAGAAUUCAACACACACACAAAUACCCUCUAAGCCAUUAUGGUAUAGUGGUUUUCAGGGCACUUGUUUCACUUAUUUGUGGAACUCGAUUAAAUGUUUAUGAUAUUG